CUGAACUAUAAAAGAGCGGGAUAGGGCGGCUAAAAGUACAGUCGCUGGACCAGAAAAGCUCAAGACGACCCAACCUACCGAAAUGGCAGCUCUUAAAGUACUCAUCCUCUUCGCAGUUGUUGCCUGCGCUUUCGCCGAUGAACCGGCCAAGGACGAAAGGGUUAAGAAGGACGUACUCCUCGGCACGCUUCCCUACGCUUACGCCGCAUAUCCCCAUGUGUACGAAAAGUACGUCGCCGCCCCCGUUGCCCACGUGCCGCACGUGCCUGUGUCUUAUUCGGCCGUACCAGCCGUGUCCACAUACUCAGCAGUAGCCAGUGUACCGACCUACGUCCACGCCCCUUACACCUACGGCGCCUACGUCAAGCCAGCACUCGUCUACUGAGACACUACGAAAAUCCGGCUCAACCUUCCUUAAUUAUUUGAUCCCUUCCGUUAAAUAAAGCUUAUCCUUAUAACUUA